AUGAUGCAGUUUCCCAAACUCGUCAAUUUCCUGGAUGGUACAACCAAUGUGACAGUGUUUUUACCUAGCGACCAAGCAUUUCUAAAUCUUGAAAAACAAUUUCCAAGUUACUACAACAGUAUACUCGAAAAAAACUCGACCAUGUUCAAGUUUCUUCAAUGUAAUAGUGAAAUGUCGAUCAUAUUUAAACUUACCAACCUCGAUCACGUACUUGGAUACUCGUACGAUGUAAACCUACAAGAAGCAUCACGAACAUUUCAAACCACCUACUCUAACGAGCCCCUCAUGAUCAGCAUCGACAGCGACCACAAUAUUAAUGUUGGAUCGGGAAUAGAAAGAGUUGCAAGAGUUACGCAUACUCAAUAUGCUACUAACGGUAUCAUCAACUUUAUAGAUGAUGUUUUGGUUCCACCAAGAAAAUUCGAAUUUGUUGUUCGCUCGCGGCCUGAUUUGAGUUCAUUUUACAAGUUUGUGCUUUCCAGUCCAGGUAUGCUGUCAGCACUGAAUGCUCUAAAAGGAACAACCAUAUUUGCUCCAACCAACAAAGCGUUUCAAAAACUCAAUGCUACCGAAUCCAACAAAGACAUUUACAACCAUGUCGGCGUGGUAUCGUCGAUAAUCGAUUACCAUAUCAUCAAACCAAUGGUAUCAAGUCUUAUAUUUGCAACGUUUUCUGCAAAAGGUAAUUCAGUUGCAACAGGACUGCCAGGUGAAAACAUGACCAUCACAUUCAACGGUUCAUAUGGUGUCGUUCAUGGAGCGUCCGAAUGCAACGAGGCUGAAUUGAUUCAAACAGACAUUAUAUUGGAUGGUGGGAACAUGCUGCAUUUAAUUGAUACUGUUUUACUUCCCUCCGUUAAUGCCAUGAACUAUGCCAAAAAAAAUAACUAUACACUUCGUCCCAGUUUUUGA